UCCAGUCACAGAUGAUCUGCCUCCUCUGAAGCGCAGUAGCAGCUAUGAGUUUCUGCCACCUGACAUGUCUGAGCUAAAUGUUGUUCUGCUGGGGAACAGCUGGUCUGAGAGGAUUUCAGUGGGGAACUUGAUACUGGGAGAGACUGUGUUCAACAAAGCACCUGAAUGUUGUUUGAGAAUCAGUGGACCGUUGCAGGAGAAAAAAGUAGUUGUCGUCAACACUCCAGAUCUGCUGCAUCCCAACAUCUCUCAACACGAACUGACAGAACAUGUAGAAAACUGUGCGAGAAACUCUGCUCCUGGACCUCAUGUGUUCCUGCUGGUUCUACAGCCUGAAGGCUUCACUGAAGAACACAAACUGAGACUCUGCACAAUCCUUCAACUCUUCAGUGAUCAAUCAUUUGAUCAUUCAUUGGUGCUGAUCUCACCACCCAGAGAGGAGAGUUCAGCUUCCAUGGAAACAUACAUGGAACACCCUCCAUUAAAGGACCUGAUCAGAAAAUGUAGGUACAGAUACUUGAAGAAGAAGAAGAACCUUGAUCAUUCAGAGCUGUUAACACGUUUGGGUCAAACUGCAAAGGAGAACAACGGAAAGCACGUGACCUAUGAACCAUUUGAGGAUGCAACAUCUACUUUACCAGCUGAUCAUCAAAGCCCAAAACAGAAGGUUUCUAUCAUAGAAACUGUUAAAGCUACUGGGAUUACAGCGAAAAUCCCUGCACCACUCCCAGAGGAAAACCCUGUGACUCAGACAUCUGCAUUUAGGAUUGUGCUGCUGGGAAAAAGCGAGGACAAACAGACAAAAAUUGGUAACUUGAUCAUCGGUAACCAAUUUUUUCAUAACCAAAAAACUUCCUCAACCAGGCAAUGUGUGGCAACCUGUGGAGAGUGGAGAGGAAAACCAUUAACGGUCGUGAAAACUCCAGACAUGUUCAGUCUGUCUGAGGGGGAACUGAGAAGAGAGGUGAAAAACUGUGUGACUCUUUGUCCUCCUGGACCAAAUGUUCUGCUGCUGUUAGUGAAGCCUUCUGAAUUCACAGAGGAGAACAGACAAACACUGAAGUUCAUCCUGAGUUUGUUUGGUCAAGAUGCCUUUGAGUACUCAAUGAUCAUUAUGACACAUCCGUGGGAAGAAAUGAGAGUUCCUGUUGAUGAACUCCUUAAAGACUGUGGAGGAAGACACUACAGAAUGUCUGAAGAAAACCGUGGAUCAUUAAUGGAGAAGAUUGAAGAAACAGCAAAUAAAAACAACAAAACCCCACCGCCUGUGUCUGAACACAUCAAACCAGCUUUGAACCUGGUUCUCUGUGGGAGGAGAGGAGCAGGGAAGACUUCAGCAGCCAAGGCCAUUUUAGGUCAGACAGAGUUAGUGUCCAACUCAUCAGAGUGUGUUAAACAUCAGGGAGAGGUGUGUGGACGUUGGGUUUCCCUGGUGGAGCUUCCUGCCUUGUAUGGAGAACCUCAGGAGGCAGUGAUGGAGGAAUCCUUCAGGUGUAUCUCCCUCUGUGAUCCUGAGGGAGUUCAUGCCUUCAUCCUGGUCCUACCUGUGGGUCCCCUCUCUGAUGAAGACAAGGGAGAGUUAGAGGCCAUCCAGAACACAUUCAGCUCUGCAGUCAAUGACUUCACUAUGAUCCUGUUCACAGUGGAGUCAGAUCCUACAGCUCCAGCUUUUGUUAACUUUCUAGAGGAUAAGAAGGACCUCCAGGAGCUCUGUGAGAGCUGUAGAGGAAGAUAUGUUGUUCUCAAUAUCAACGACAAGAAGCAGAUCCCAGAGCUGUUGGAUGGUGUGGAAAAGAUGAGAGUCGCUGAGUCCAGAUUCUUCACAAAGGACAUGUUCACCAAGGCUCAGAUGAAGAAGGUUGUAGAGCAGGAGAGUGCUAAUGCCAGACUUAAAGCUGAACUGCGUGAUGUUAAAAAGAAGAGUGAGGUGGAAGGUGAUGAUAAACAUCAGAGCAGAGAGUGUCUCAGGAUGGUGCUGAUUGGGAAGACUGGCAAUGGGAAGAGUGCAACUGGAAACACUAUUCUGGGCAAAGAACAUUUUACAUCUAAAGGGAGCUUAAAAUCUGUCACUAAGUUUUGCGAGAAAGCAACAGGAGAGAUUGAUAGACAGCACGUUGCUAUGGUCGACACUCCCGGCUUGUUCGACACGACUCUGUCCAAUGAUGAGGUUCAACAGGAGCUUCUAAACUGCAUCAGCAUGUUGUCUCCUGGACCUCAUGUGUUCUUACUGGUGCUGCAGAUUGGUCGCUUUACACAAGAGGAAAAAGAAUCUGUGGAACUGAUCAAGAAAUAUUUUGGUAAGAAGUCAGGAGACUUCAUCAUCAUCAUAUUCACCAGAGGAGAUGAUCUCAGUCAGUCAAUUGAGAGUUAUAUAGAAGAGUCAGAUGACUUUUUUAAAAAACUGGUACGAGACUGUGGAGGAAGAUACCAGGUCUUCAAUAAUAAGGUUGAGAAUGAUAACACACAAGUCAGAGAGCUGCUGAAGAAGUCCAACAUAAUGAUGAAACAAAAUGGAGGCAAUUGCUACACCUCAGAGAUGUUCCAAGAGGCCGAGGAAGCCAUACAGAAGGAAGUGGAGAAGAUCCUGAAGGAGAAAGAAGAAGAAAUGCAGAGACAGAGGGGGGAGCUUCAAAGAAAACAUGAGGAGGAAAUGGAAGCAGUGAAGAGAAGAAUGGAACAAGAGAAAGCAGAUAUUGAACAUGAGAGAGCCAAACAACUUGAAGAAAUGGAGGAAAACAUCAACAAGGAGCGCGAGGAGAGAAAGAAAGAACAGGAAAUGAGAGAAGAAGAAGACAGGAAGAAGAGAAAGCAGGAACAACUUCAACGACAGGAGUGGGAGCAAACAAUUGGAGCUCUUAAGUCAGAAUCAGAAGAAAAGUUGGAGCAGAGUAAAGAAGAGAUGAGAAGGAGACGAGAGGACUGGGAAAAGGAAAGAGAGGAAUGGUGGGACAAAAGAAAUCAAGAAAAUGAACAGAAACGACAUGAGGAGCAAACAAGACUUAAAAAACUCCAAGAAGAAUAUGAGGAGGAAAUGGAAGCAGUGAAGAGCAGAAUGGAACAAGAGAAAGCAGAUAUUGAACAUGAGAGAGCCAAACAACUUGAAGAAAUGGAGGAAAACAUCAACAAGGAGCGCGAGGAGAGAAAGAAAGAACAGGAAAUGAGAGAAGAAGAAGACAGGACAAAGAGAAAGCAGGAACAACUUCAACGACAGGAGUGGGAGCAAACAAUUGCAGUUCUUAAGUCAGAAUCAGAAGAAAAGUUGGAGCAGAGUAAAGAAGAGAUGAGAAGGAGACGAGAGGACUGGGAAAAGGAAAGAGAGGAAUGGUGGGACAAACGAAAUCAAGAAAAUGAACAGAAACGACAUGAGGAGCAAACAAGACUUAAAAAACUCCAAGAAGAAUAUGAGCAGGAAAGAGAAAAAUAUGAAAAGAAAAGAAAAGAAGAAGAUCGAAACAGAAGAGAACAGGAGGAAAAGGAGAGAAAAGAAUUGGAGGAAAACUAUAAGAAACAACUGGAGGACAUGAAGAAGAAAUAUGAAGAGGAGGCCAGAAAACAGGCUGAAGAGUUCAAUGAGUUCAGACAGAAAUACACCAAGGACUUCACAGUGUUGGUCGAGAAGCACAUGGAGGAAAUAAAGGACAUGAAGCAAAGACAUGAGAUACAAAUACAAGAGGAAGAAAAGAGGCAUGGCCAACAGUACAAUCUGUUACAAGAGCUCUCAAGUCACAAAGAAGAAACACUGAAAGAAAGAAUAAAGGAGUUGAGGAAAACGCAUGAAGAAGAGAAAUUGAAGAAACAGCAUGAACAGGAAAUUAAAGAGUUGAAAGAAAAAUACCGAAACAAAUGUAUCAUCCUUUGACCUCCCCACUGACUCUUGAUCAUUAUGAUGUUAAACAACUGCAGGUGUUUAACACUGUCAGUUUAAAGAAUACUUUGCUUUUUCCCAUAUUACAUCAACUGUAAUAAUUAACAUACAUAAAUACACACACAUAUAUUUUAGUUUGACUCUUUUGCUGGACCAUGGAGCUGGUGUGACCAGGAGCCUGGAUGUUUCUUUCUGUCACUCAGACAGACAUUACUGUGAAGUGUUCAUUGUGUUCAAUGAGCUACAGCCUGACUACUGUUUGUCACUGCAGGUUGAAAGUACAUCAUAUAUACAGUAUAUGAUUUCUCAUACUCAUUAUUUUUAUACUUAUUUUAGAAUCAUUAUCUGUUAAAUUGAUCAUGUCAUUAUUUCAAGAUAAUUAUUUUCCUUACAUAGUAUAGAUUUUAUUACACUGCAUCCUAAUCAUUUUUUGUAUUUCGAUAUUGUUUAUUU